UAGCUCGAGGAGUGUGAAACCGCGUGUUAAUGUAACCAGCGCGGGCGGAGGAGACGUUGGGUGCCGUUUAUUGAGUUGCGUUGUCCCGCGGAGUUCUUGCUCUCCCUCCCUCCCUCCCCUCCCCCCUUUUGUCCUUUUCUAUUAUUUCGGAUCUAUUUCGUAUCUGAUUCCCUUGCUUUGGAUGUGUGGUUUCGAGGGAACGAACUUGAGGGAAAGAAGAAGAAGGAGACGAGGGAGAGGAGCGGCCCGACGGGGAUGAGGCGGCUUCUGCUCCUGCUGCUGCGGCGCCUUUCUUUCCUCGCUUUGGGAUAAUAACCCCAGUGUGGCCUCGGCCUUGCCUUGGACGGAGCCAGGCUUUUGUUUGGUGGUUUGGAGCCGUGUUGGGAGAUCCUCCAUAUUUGAUUCCUUCGGGGAAAGAAAGAAAACAAAACAGCCUCGCUUUUCGUCCCGUUUCCUGGCUUGUUAAGUUGGAGCCGAAGGCAAGGCAAGGGAGAAGGAAAGAAGGAAGGGCGCGUCUCGCUCUCUCCGGGUUCGAAGCCCGCUCUGGGCCUCUUUUCCCCUACUUCUCGCUCUCCCUCUUGAAGGAAGGAAGGAACAAAGGCGUCGGGAGGAUGCGGAGCCGCAGAGGCUGAGCGCCAGGGCUUCGCUUCGGGCCUGAAAACUUCGGAAGGAGGAGGAGGACUUGGGGACCUGCCUUUCCCCCACAGCUAUGUUCCCCCAAAGCCGGCACCCCGUAAGUGGCCCCCGCUCUCCCCACCAACACGCGUGUCUUCUCUAUAAUACGCCACACCAGGCAGCAGGACAGUCCUUUAAGUUCACUAUCCCGGAAUCUCUAGACCGAAUCAAAGAAGAAUUCCAGUUCCUCCAAGCUCAGUAUCACAGCCUUAAACUGGAAUGUGAGAAGCUGGCCAGUGAAAAGACAGAAAUGCAGAGGCACUAUGUGAUGUAUUAUGAAAUGUCAUAUGGAUUAAAUAUUGAAAUGCACAAACAGACAGAAAUUGCCAAGAGAUUGAAUACAAUCUGUGCACAAGUCAUCCCGUUUUUGUCUCAAGAACAUCAACAGCAAGUGGCUCAAGCUGUAGAACGUGCCAAACAAGUGACCAUGGCUGAGCUGAAUGCCAUCAUCGGGGUACGUGGCCUUCCAGGUCUACCUCCUACACAGCAACAGUUGCAAGCUCAGCACCUCUCGCAUGGCCAUGGACCUCCAGUGCCUCUAACUCCACACCCAUCAGGACUUCAGCCUCCAGGAAUCCCUCCCCUUGGGAGCAGUGCUGGCCUUCUUGCCCUCUCAAGUGCUCUGGGUGGGCAGUCCCACUUGGCAAUAAAAGAUGACAAGAAGCACCACGAUGCAGACCACCACAGAGACAGAGAUCCGGGCACAAGUAAUUCACUCUUGGUCCCGGACAGCCUGCGGAACACAGAUAAACGAAGGAAUGGGCCUGAUUAUUCCAAUGACAUGAAGAAGAGGAAAGUGGAUGAUAAAGAUUCUAGCCACUAUGACAGUGAUGGGGACAAAAGCGACGACAACUUAGUUGUGGAUGUGUCUAAUGAGGACCCUUCUUCUCCGCGGGCAAGCCCUGCCCAUUCACCACGAGAGAAUGGCAUAGACAAAACCCGCCUCAUGAAGAAAGAUGCCUCCAGUAGCCCAGCAUCCACUGCCUCCUCAGGGAGUUCUGCGUCUAUGAAAUCCAAAGAAAUGGGUUUGCAUGAAAAAGCCAGCACCCCAGUUCUGAAAUCCAGCACACCAACUCCACGAAGUGAUGUGCCAACUCCAGGAACCAGUGCCACACCAGGGCUUCGUCCAGGCCUUGGCAAACCUCCAACAAUGGAUCCUCUGGUCAACCAAGCUGCUGCUGGCUUGAGGACACCUCUUGCUGUACCAGGACCAUACCCAGGCCCAUUUGGAAUGGUACCUCAUGCUGGCAUGAAUGGGGAACUAACCAGCCCAGGAGCCGCCUAUGCCAGUCUUCACAACAUGUCCCCCCAGAUGAGUGCUGCUGCCGCCGCUGCUGCCGUAGUUGCCUAUGGACGAUCCCCUAUGGUAGGGUUUGAUCCUCCUCCACACAUGAGAGUACCUGGAAUCCCUCCAAAUCUGGCUGGAAUCCCUGGAGGAAAACCAGCAUAUUCAUUUCACGUUACUGCAGAUGGUCAGAUGCAGCCAGUACCUUUCCCCCCAGAUGCUCUCAUUGGACCAGGGAUACCUCGGCAUGCUCGCCAGAUCAAUACCUUGAACCACGGGGAAGUGGUGUGUGCAGUUACCAUAAGCAACCCAACAAGACAUGUGUAUACUGGUGGGAAAGGGUGUGUCAAAGUCUGGGAUAUCAGCCAGCCUGGCAACAAGAGUCCUGUUUCUCAGCUGGACUGUCUGAACAGAGAUAACUACAUUCGAUCUUGUAAAUUGCUCCCUGAUGGAUGCACCCUGAUCGUCGGUGGAGAAGCCAGCACGCUAUCCAUUUGGGACCUGGCAGCACCGACUCCACGUAUCAAAGCCGAGCUGACGUCGUCUGCCCCUGCCUGCUAUGCCCUAGCAAUCAGCCCGGAUUCCAAGGUCUGCUUCUCUUGCUGCAGUGAUGGCAACAUAGCUGUGUGGGAUCUGCACAAUCAAACACUGGUCAGGCAAUUCCAGGGCCACACAGAUGGAGCCAGCUGUAUUGACAUUUCUAAUGAUGGUACCAAGCUCUGGACAGGAGGUCUGGACAACACUGUAAGGUCUUGGGACUUGAGAGAAGGAAGGCAGCUACAGCAGCAUGACUUCACAUCCCAGAUAUUUUCCCUUGGCUAUUGUCCUACUGGUGAAUGGCUGGCCGUGGGAAUGGAAAGCAGUAAUGUGGAAGUGCUGCAUGUAAAUAAACCUGACAAAUAUCAGCUUCAUCUGCAUGAGAGCUGUGUGCUGUCACUCAAGUUUGCUUAUUGUGGUAAAUGGUUUGUAAGUACUGGAAAAGAUAACCUUCUAAAUGCCUGGCGGACUCCAUAUGGUGCCAGUAUAUUCCAGUCCAAAGAGUCAUCUUCUGUGCUCAGCUGUGAUAUCUCCGUUGAUGAUAAAUACAUCGUUACUGGCUCUGGAGACAAGAAAGCAACUGUUUAUGAAGUUAUCUACUGAGAAGUUGCGUUGGAAAAAGCUGAACUGGGCCAAAACGUUCUUAAAUCGUAGAUGUAGAAAGACAUUACCUUUUUCUAAUUAAAAAAGGGAAGAACUUGGUUUUCUGACAUCUUCACACAACGUUAUUCAAGUUCUAUGAAAACAGAAGGCAACUUUUGGCAUCCAGCGACAAUGUGAAAGAAGAAGGCAAAUGUUGAUUAAUGUAGCAUAGUUUUGAUGGAUUUUUUUUUAAAAAAAAGAAGCCUCUGCUGAAGAUGGUGGCGGCCUUUAGGGUUUUGUUUUCCUUUUUAUGAACUCAUAAAAAAAAUCAUGCUCAUUGCUUGAAUAAGUGGGAUUAUGUUCCAGCACUUGCAGUUCCACCCACAUUCUGUCAUGUGUAGAACAGUGGUAUCUUGGAUAAACUUGUCUCCUGGUUUUGCCUCUCGGGAUAUGGGUUUUUGUAUUAUUUUGUUGAAGAUCAAGCAUUUGUAUAAAUUGUAAAUAUAUUUGGUUUAUUACAGUAAAGGCUUUAGUAUCA